AUGACCAUAGUUUGGUAUCUUGGAUGGGCCAGACAUGAACAGAAUGUAGCUGCUCCUGCAGCAUUCCGUGAUGAGGUGAAUUUUCGGGAUGGUUCUUACGACGCAAAUGACGAUUUCGCCGAAUCGGUAGCGCAACCGAAUACAAAAAAUGAUGAGAGUUAUCAUUACGAAGAGAACCUUGCAUCUGAAAUUCAAAAUGAAGAAAAUAUCGUUGAAGGUGACGUAUUUGCCGCUUCUGAAUUGCUACCAGUUGCAGAGAAAUUAAUUGCCAAAGUUGGGAAAGGCAUUGUCAGCUCAGCAAAGAAUUCUCAACAUUUAGCCGACAAAUUGUUUGAACAGUUCUGAUGCUGUGGUAACGACGCUGGCAGUGCCGCCAAUCAAAUUGUAUUACCUACCUCACUUGGCUUUUGAUGCUUGUUGCAGGCAAUCCUGUUUAAGAAAUAAUUACAUAUCCAAUAUAAGUCCAAUAUUAUUAUUGCAAUGUCUUCAUUACUACAUAUUAUAAAACAAAGUCACUUUCUCUGUCCCUUUAUCCCCCUAUGUAUGCUUCAAUCUUUAAAACUACGCAACUAAAGGUUUUUUUCAUUCAAAAGAAAGGUUUUCAUGUACCUAUAUUACAAGACAACGCGCGUGAAGCCGCUGGCGGAAAGCUAGUCAACAUAAAUGGUGAUAUAAUAUAAUAAUAUUAGACGUCAAGUAGAUAGUACAAUGGUAAAAUGCAAGUCGUUUAGAUUCUAUUGAGAUGCAAUUAUUACGCAACUAUUAGUAGAAUUAGCCUGCUUUUUGGUAUUUUUUGAUUGGCUACACUGCUGGAGUAGAUGUCAUGUCAUAGCAUCAAGUUUAAUUUUAGCUUUCGACAUAAGUGGUUUGGACGCUCUACAAGCCCUAGCUCUAAGCGGAGAAGUUGGAAUAAGUCUCGUGGAUGAAGAAGUAGAAAAAAUAAUAGAGAGUCGAGUUAUAAACCUGAGACCAUCUCCGGGAGGAAAGGAAUUGGAAAGGCUGGAGUCAUUGGCUGAAUAUUUUCAUAACAUCGUUAUGGCUGAAGCUUUAAAAUCAAAAUCUACAACGCCGGUUUAUGCUGAAAAUAUAAAUGAAGAUUCUACCAUAGUUCCAGAAUCGGAACAGGACAAUGACACUCUUAGCCAGGUAACUUUAAUGCUUUUAAUUUUUAUUCUAUGUACAGUCAUAUAAGAAUAUAAAUCUGUCAAAUUAGCCCACUUGAUUUUAAACCUUAAUGCAUUGCGGGUGAAGUUAAAAAUUAACUGAGGACAUUUGAUAUAUAGUGGUUUAGAAUUUUACACAGUGUAGAAAAAAAUUGUAAAAAUGUAAGAAAACGUUGUACGCCACCCAAUCAUCUACUAG